CAUCAGCUCCCAACCUCACACCCACAGACCCACGAUCGAGCUUCUUCUACAUCGUGACUCCAAAGCAUGCAACGCAUGGCCUCCUCAGAGCACAACGAGAAGCUCCGGAUCCUGAUCGUCCCCUUCUUCGCCACCAGCCACAUCGGCCCCCACACCGACCUUGCCGUCCGCCUCGCCGCGGCCAGGCCGGGCGCCGUCGAGCCCACAAUGGCGGUCACCCCGGCGAACGCGCCGGUCGUUCGAUCGGCGCUCGAGCGGCACGGCGCUUCCGCCGCCGUCAGGAUAGCCACCUACCCUUUCCCAGCGGUGGGAGGCCUCCCGGCGGGUGUCGAGAACCUCUCCUCCGCCGGGGCCGACGGAUGGCGCAUCGACGCCGCGGCCAUUGACGAGGCGCUGACGCGGCCCGUGCAGGAGGCGCUCAUCAGGGAGUUGUCCCCUGACGUCGUACUCACCGACGUCCACUUCUUCUGGAACUCCGUCAUCGCCGGCGAGCUCGGCGUGCCGUGCGUCACAUUCAGUGUCAUCGGCCCCUUCUCGACCCUUGCCAUGGACCACCUCCACGAUACAGUUGAUGGCUACUCCGGUUGCCAUGAGGUGAUUGUACCACGUUUGCCAGGCCCGGAGAUACGGAUCCCGAGGACCGAACUGCCCGAGUUCUUGAGGAGCCAGGAGACAAACGACGGAUUCGAGCCGCCCUUUGCCGCGAUGCGCAGGUGCUUCGGCCUCGCCUUCAACACGUUUUUCGAGCUGGAGAGGCAGUACUGCGAGCUGUACCCGUGGCCCGGCAAGCGCGCCUACUUCCUCGGGCCACUGUCGCUGCCGCUGCCACCGGCCGGAGCAACAGCCGGCGAGUCACCGUGCAUCCGUUGGCUGGGGUUGAUGCCGAGAUGUUCGGUGGUGUACGUAUGCUUCGGCACCUACGCUCCCAUCUCUGCAGAUCAGCUCAGGGAGCUGGCCCUCGGACUGGAAGCUUCUGAGAAGCCGUUCUUGUGGGCGCUGAGGGCCGACGGGUGGGCGCCGCCGGAGGGGUGGGAGGAGCGCGUGGGGAAGAGGGGGAUGCUCCUCCGAGGGUGGGCCCCACAGGCCGCGAUACUGGCCCAUCCGGCCGUGGGGGCGUUCCUGACGCACUGCGGGUCGAGCUCACUGCUGGAGGCGGCGUCCGCCGGCGUGCCGAUGCUGACGUGGCCGUUGGUGUGCGACCAGUUCAUUGAGGAGAGGCUGGUCACGGACGUUCUCAAGAUCGGCGAGAGGGUGUGGAGCGGGUCGCGGAGCACAUGGGACGCCGAGAAGGAGACGGUGCCGGCGGAGGCGGUGGCGCGUGCCGUGGCGAGGUUCUUGGAGCCUGGAGGGACGGGGGAGGCGGCAAGGGGCAGAGCGCUGGAGCUCGCCGCCAAGGCUAACGCGGCCGUGGCGGAAGGAGGCUCGUCGUACUGUGACCUGCGCCGUCUGAUUGAUGAUCUGGUAGAAGCAAAGCAAGGGCGGCCGGUGGCAUGACCUCCUAGUCGAUCGUUCCUGAACAUCAGCGACUGGAACUGCACCUGCAGCGGCAUGAGCGUACUCAACCGUUAUCUGGUGAAUCACAUUAAUUGUCGCAUGGGCGUACUAUCGGUUAAUAAACUUUUUUUUAACUGUCCGUUAAUAAACUUUGACAACGUACGGCCAUCAUGAAGAGUGUUUGAUGUUUUGUAUGAGAAAA